UGUCAAAAUGGCGUCUUCAAUGUCACUCCUUGGACUGAGCCGAGCUUGUCUUUACAGUUCAAUAAACAGGAUCAUUCUUAAUCCGACCAGAUCCAUCAGCUCGUCAGGAUGGAGGCUGGCAGAGAAGCAAGGCCAGGACUCCCAGCUGAUCACUGUGGACGAGAAACUGGACAUCACGACGUUGACUGGCGUUCCCGAGGAGCACAUUAAGACCCGGAAAGUUCGCAUCUUUGUUCCUGCCCGCACCGCCAUGCAGUCAGGAGUGAAAAACACCCAGAAGUGGAAGAUGGAUUUCGACACACGAGAACGCUGGGAGAACCCACUCAUGGGUUGGGCCUCCACAGCUGAUCCACUGUCCAACAUGGUCCUUACCUUCGGCUCCAAAGAGGAUGCCAUCGCGUUCGCUGAGAAAAACGGCUGGAGUUACGAUAUAACGGAGAAGAGAACUCCGAAGCCAACGGUCAAAUCUUAUGGCGCAAAUUUCUCUUGGAACAAAAGGACGCGUCGCUCCGCCAAGUAGAGAAAUAGACACCAUUCGUCUGUCACUUCACUUCUGAUCUUAAACAGACUUGUAAAAAAAAUUCUAUUCCUUUAUGUGUGUUAAUAAAAGCCAUUCUGAUCCG